AUGCGACAUAAUCGAUGCUCAAAAAUAAUUUCGCUGGUGCGAUCAACCAGUUCUUCCCAGGAGUCAAACCUGAAUACUAAUUAUUAUGAGCUGCCUUUAUCUACUACGAACGAAAAUAACUCUUUGAAUGAUGCGGAUCUUCAUAACAGCUCAGACAGCAUCCUGGAUUUUGAUUCAGAUGAUUCAGGUUUUGAUAAAAUUUAUUUACCCUCAAGUUUAAAUCAAAAUGUUCAGAAGAUUCAGAUUCUUCUACAAAUACCAUCCCCCAAUCACCGUCAAUUAACGUCACAAUUCCUGAGUCACCUGAAGUCUCAAGCGACGAAGAUACGCCACAAAAUUUCACAAAAAAAGAGGACUAUCAGAAAACGUAAGAAGUAUGAUGAAUCACCGGCGCAGAGAAAACAAAUUAAAAAACUGAAAGAUAUGGAAUCUAAAUAUAAACUUAAGCCAGGGUGUAAUGAUGGAUGUAAAAAAAUAUCAUACCCAGUUUACAGAAGAAGCACGACAAAAUCUAAACCAUCACUUUAG